AUGGGAGAGGGUGGAGGGCGGAUCUCUCUGCCUUCAGAAGGCGGCGGCGGCGGCGGCGGCGACGCGGCUGGCGGGGACGAGGUGAACGUAGACCAAGGAAUUCGACAACCACCCCUUCUGCAUCCCCCCACCCCCCUCCGUUCGAUUCGGACACCCAAGGAGAGGCCGUCCACGGCGACGGUAAAAAAACCUGCGCUGCUGAAAAGCGUCUACCACAGCGUCGACUACAAGGGAGGAGACAUACAAGGAGUCGGGCCUUUGAACGUCGAGGACGAGAAGGAAUGUCGAUCGCUCUGCGUGAGGGACGGGCGCUGCCUCAAGUGGACCCUGCAGUUGAAGGAGAUGGUCUGCUGGCUUAAGGACGCGGGGGGCACGCGAAAUGAAGAUGUCCCAGGAUUGACAUCAGGCGUCGUCAGAGAUGAGGAAGAUACGACCAUUCCGAAGCCAAGGUACGGCAAGGAACCCCCCCCGCCGCCGUUGCAGUGCUGCCCUGACGCUGCCGGGGAGCCUCCCGCCGGUGUCCAUGCCCUGGACCUUUGGGAUGACGAGCCUGGUUCGGAUUGGACGACAAGCUACGCCCUGGGCAACGGGUACCUUGGGGCGAUGUUGGGCAUGAGGACGUUUAAGGACACCAUGUUCAUGAGCCAUGGCAGUCUGUGGUCAGGAAAGGGAAAACAUAAGGCAGGCGGGGCUACCUUUGAUUUCCCGCUGUCUCCGGACAGGUAUGACAAGUUUCGGAGUGCACGGGAAUCGCUCCUCGAUGGAGAUGUUCACGCUGCCCAGGAGGCUGCGGGCCGCAUGCCCACCAGCCCGGAAGGCUUCGUGGGGUCUUUCGAGUAUGCGGGAGAACUGCUCUUGGAGUUCGGCGAAGGCGGCGGCCAGCAGGCGGGAGGGGAGCGGGAGAAGGGGCCCGUCGACGGGUACAUUCGCCACCUGCACCUCAACAACGGCACCGCGGAGGCCACAUUCAGCUCCAAGGGUCCGCCUGACAGCGGCGGGUUCGGCCUCGGCCUCGGCCUCGGCUUUGGCACAAGCAGAGGCCAGCGCGAGGGCCGCCUGGUGCACCGCAGGGAGGCGUUUGCCAGCAACGUGGACGGCGUGCUGGCGAUGCGCCUGAGCUGCAAGGAGGAGGAGAGCGGGAGAGGCUGCUUGAGGUGA